CCCAGCCGAGGCCCAGGGGCCCCGCAGGGAGCCGCAGCUUUUGCUGCGCCAGCGCUGUGGCCGGAGGCUGUGGCCGGAGGCUCCGCUCGCCACUGGUGGCUGCUCCAGUCUGCAUUUCUACCAACACUGCAAGGGUUCCCCUUUCUGCACAUCCUCACCAGCACUUGUUUGUUGAUUUAUUGAUGACAGCCACUCCAACAGGUGUGGUGAGGCCAACACAUGGGGAGAUGACCGCCGUGAAGGGAGACCUUUUCCUUACAGUUACCUAGGAACAGGAGGCAUCGCACACCGCACAGGGCUGGCUGCACAGGGAAGUACUCAGUGUCCGCUCUGCCUGGGACUUGAGCCUGCUGACCUUCGGACUGAAACUACACUGUUUGCUCUCCUGGGUCUCUACCUUGCUGAUUGCUGGCUUGAGACUUGUCAGCCUCUAUAACUGCCUGGAUCUAGUGUGAAGAUGACCCCGCUGGUCGCUGCGGUGUCCGGCCCCCGAGCCCGGCUCCUCACCUGCUUUCUCAGGCUGGGUGCUCAGCAGGCCAGCUCACUUCAGCUGCACACAGGGGCCGGCCUCGCAGCCACGAACCACUAUGAGGUGCUCGUGCUGGGUGGGGGCAGUGGAGGGAUCACCAUGGCCUCCCGUAUGAAGAGGAGAGUGGGUGCAGAGAAUGUGGCCGUUGUGGAACCCAGUGAGAGACAUUUCUACCAGCCCAUCUGGACGCUGGUGGGUGCCGGCGCCAAACAGUUGUCCUCGUCUGGCCGUCCCACGGCGAGUGUGAUUCCGUCUGGUGUGGAGUGGAUCAAAGCUCGAGUGGUUGAGCUGAACCCAGACAAGAACUGCAUCCGCACAGACAACGGCAAGGAGAUCUCCUACAGAUAUCUUAUUAUUGCUCUUGGAAUCCAGUUGGACUAUGAGAAGAUUAAAGGGCUACCUGAGGGUUUUGCCCAUCCCAAAAUAGGGUCCAAUUAUUCAGUCAGUACGGUAGAGAAGACAUGGAAGGCGCUGCAGGACUUCCAGGAGGGCAAUGCCAUCUUCACCUUCCCCAAUACUCCGAUAAAGUGUGCGGGCGCCCCCCAGAAGAUCAUGUACUUAUCGGAGGCCUAUUUCAGGAAGACAGGGAAGCGAUCCAAGGCCAAUAUCAUUUUCAACACUUCUCUUGGAGCAAUUUUUGGGGUUAAGAAGUAUGCAGGCGCCCUGCUAGACAUCAUCCAGGAGAGGAACCUCACUGUUAACUACAAGCAAAACCUCGUUGAAGUCCGAGCUGAGAAACAAGAGGCUGUUUUUGAGAACCUGGACAAACCCGGAGAGACCCAAGUGAUUUCAUAUGAAAUGCUUCAUGUUACACCACCCAUGAGCUCACCAGAUGUCCUCAAGUCGAGUCCUGUGGCCGAUGCUGCUGGCUGGGUGGAUGUGGAUAAGGAAACUCUGCAGCACAAGAAGUAUCCAAACGUGUUCGGGAUUGGGGACUGCACCAACCUUCCCACCUCAAAGACUGCUGCCGCAGUCGCUGCCCAGUCAGGAAUACUUGACAAAACAAUUUCUCUGAUUAUGAAGAAUGAAACCCCAGUAAAGAAGUAUGAUGGCUACACGUCAUGCCCACUGGUCACUGGCUACAGCCGUGUGAUUCUUGCGGAGUUUGACUACAACGCGCAGCCGCUGGAGACCUUCCCCUUUGAUCAAAGCAAAGAGAGACUCUCCAUGUACCUCAUGAAGGCCGAGAUGAUGCCCCUCCUGUACUGGAAUAUGAUGCUGAGGGGUUACUGGGGAGGACCUGCCUUUCUGCGGAAGUUCUUUCACCUUGGUAUGCAUUAAGGAUGGCACAACGCUUGCUCUCUCUGGAUGGCUUCCGGACCGAAAUCACAGUCAGUGAUUGACCAAAAGCAGCAUGAAGAACUCCAAGCCUAACCCCAUAAAGAGUUCCUGCCGGAUAAUGGACGAUGGGACUAAACGCCUCCCGUUCAAGUGCCUCUGGACGGCCACCAUGCCGGCUGCCCAGGAUGAGCUUGGUUCUUUGGAAAUAUGAAAAUAAAAGAAUAGACUUUUAUUUUU